AUGGUUUAUCGCUCAGGGCAAUUGGUCCGGUCAGUAGCCGCCCGGACCGGCGUCGUCUUCGUCCCUCGCCGAACCUUGACCUCAACCCCCAUUCGUUGCGCCGCGAACAAUGCCGAAAAGAAGACCGGUCUCUUGUCUUCGUUUAAGAAUAUGAUUCUGGGUGACUCAAGCAAGAAGUCGAAAGUCACUCAGCGGCCAGCGCCACCCCCAAAGGAGGAGGGUGGCCUCGCUGGAAGCUCCAUCUUCGGAUCGGAUUUUACUGCGCCAUCAGCCGGUCCCACGCCAACACGACCUAAGCAAGGGAAAUCAACGGAAGCGGAAGCGGGCGCCGAGGUGUCUCCCAGAGUGGAAAACCGUGAUGCUACCCGUCUUCGUGCCGCACUGCACCCAGACCCCAAUGGACAGUUGCGGUGGGAGAGGAAGAUGGCUAUCCGCGACAUUCGGAAACGAGGCCGCCUGCCGGUUAAGGUCCAGAUCAAGCGCAGCGAGCGCGAGUCUCUUUCUAAGUCCCAGUGGAUCAAGACCUCCCUAAAGAAGCUCGGUCCCCUGGCCCGUCAGAUCGCCGGCAAGAACAUUGAUGAGGCCAUUUUGCAGAUGCGCUUCAGCAACAAGAAGGCCGCCAAGGAUGUGUUGGAGCACUUGGAACACGCAAAGAACGUCGCCGUCGUCCGCUCCGGCAUGGGCCUGAGCGACCCCGCCGCCGAGACCCCUAAGCCUAUUACCGUCACCCUCAAGACCGGCGAGCGCAAGAAGAUCGCCGACCCCUCCGCCAUCUACAUUCAAGAGGCUUGGGUCAACCGUGGUCCUUACGGAUACGAGAUGGACCACCGUGCUCGUGGUCAGAUCAACCGCAUGCGUCCCCCUACCACAAGUUUGUCCGUCCUGUUGAAGGAAGAGAAGACCCGCAUCCGCGAGUGGGAGCAGCGCGAGGCCAAGGCUGAGCGUGAGCGCAAAUCACAGCUCUGGACUCAACUUCCGGAUCGCAAGAUUCCCACUCAGAACCAGUACUACAGCUGGUGA